AUGGCUCCAAACGUCGAAAUCUCCAUCCCAACCGCUACCACCUCACACACCUCAUCCCCCUACACAAUCUACAAUAUCACCCUCCGCCUCCCCCUACGCUCCUUCACCAUCUCCAAGCGCUACUCCGACUUUGUCGCCUUCCACAGCUCCCUGCUGAAUCAAACCAACGCCCCGCCACCAGCCCCCCUCCCCGGCAAACACUGGUUCUCCAACACUGUCUCAAACCCAACCCUCCGGGAAGAGCGCCGGCAGGGCCUCGAAUCAUACCUCCGCGCCAUCAACGAAGCAGACGACCCCCGAUGGCGCAACUGCAGCGCCUGGCGCGCGUUCCUGAACCUCCCCAGUUCCGCCGUCGGCAACGGCAGCGCCACAACCUCCGCCAAGCUGCAUGCGGCCAUCACCGAGCCCGGCGCGGUGGGCACCCAGAGCGCGAUUACGGACCCGACGCUGUGGCUUGACUGCUACCGCGACAUGAAGGCGCAUCUGCAUGAUGCGCGGCUCCAUCUCACAAGACGGGACCAGGAGACGACGCCGCAGAAACAGCAUGAGAGUUCUGCGCGGGCGAAGAGCAGUCUUGUACGGGCUGGAAGUCUGAUCGGGGCGUUGGAGGACGGGCUGAAGAAUCUUGGGGAUGCGAAUGCGGAUGCGAGGUCCGUUGCGUCUGGGAAGAGGGGUGCUUGGGGGAGCGGGAAUGCGCUGGGCGAAGGGGAGAUUCGACGGAGGAAAGACUUGCUGGUCAAUGCGAGGAAGGAGAAGAAUGGGUUGGAGGAUUUGUUGAACGCGAUGGCUGCUAAGAGUAGGAUUGACAAUGCGGUUGCGUCAAUACAAGACAAGGAGGCGUUGGUUGGGUCUGCGAGCGGGAAGCCUGCUCGUUCGGGGAGGGUGCUGGGCAAGGAGACGGAGCGGACUCGCGAGCUGGAUAAUCAGGGUGUUUUACAGUUGCAGAAGCAGACGAUGGAGGAUCAAGAUAUGAGUAUCGAGGAGUUGAGGAAGAUUGUACAACGCCAGAAGGAACUGGGGAUCGCUAUCAAUGCGGAGUUGGAGAUUCAGAAUGAACUUCUGAAGCUCACGGAUGAAGAUACGGACAGGUUAGAAAAGAAGGUCGAAAUCGGCAAGAAGAGGGUUGGCAAAAUAUCCUAG